AUCCCCAACAAAAAGUCACGUGCUUUCAGAAAAAGCCGACCUCUUUCCCCCCACCCGCACAUCCGCCACAACAGCUAUUCCACAAUCGCGGCAAUUCCUCCCGGCAAAUUGCAUUCAAUUGGUUUCUCUUCUGGGCGUUUUGACCCAAAAACUGAUCUGGGUCGCCUUCAAAUUCAUCAAAUUUCCACUAUUUACAACCCGAUUUGCUUCCAGAACCGGUCUUCGUCCUAUAAUCUGAUCUGGGUCGUCUUCAAAAUCACAAAUUUCCAACACCAACGGCCUCAAUUGCUUUAAAAAAUUGAUUAUUUGGCCGAUAAUUGAAUAUCGUUCUGCGACCCAGAACCAUGGUUUCUGUGUCGAAUUCAGUGUUGUUUCCUCUGGCGACAUCUAGCGGCUUCACAUCCGAUGGUUUUUCUCGGUCCGUUAGAUUUGCAAGGACGAUCAAUUGUAGUAGUGACAAGCAAAAGGGAGAGCAAAGAAACGUUUUGUGUGCUUGUAUGGAGCCUCCCCCCAAACUGCGGAGCGAUGAAUCCUUUGCAGCUAAAUUCGAGGGUUUUUCUGAUCAGGAUCCAUUUAAAUCAGAGGAUUUAAGUACAGUUUGGGAACCCGAGGAUGACUCUGAUGUUCUAAUCGAGUGUAGAGACGUCUACAAAUCGUUUGGCGAGAAGCAUAUAUUGAGAGGUGUGAGCUUCAAGAUUAGGCAUGGCGAAGCUGUUGGAAUAAUUGGGCCUUCUGGCACGGGAAAAUCUACAGUUCUGAAGAUUAUGGCAGGGCUUCUUGCUCCUGACAAGAUUUGUCCUUUGUGUAACGAGCAGGGAGAGGUGUACAUUCGAGGUCGAAAGAGAAUUGGUUUGAUCAGCGAUGAUGAGAUAUCUGGUCUUCGGAUUGGAUUGGUGUUUCAGAGCGCUGCACUAUUUGAUUCUUUGACUGUUCGUGAUAAUGUUGGUUUCCUUCUGUAUGAAAAUUCGAGCAUGCCCGAGGAUCAAAUUUCAAAGCUUGUGACUGAGAGCUUGGCCGCAGUCGGGUUAAAGGGAGUUGAGGAUCGAUUACCUUCGGAGCUAUCUGGUGGAAUGAAGAAACGAGUUGCUCUGGCUCGAUCCAUAAUUUAUGAUACCACAAAGGAGGCGAUAGAGCCAGAGGUGCUCUUAUAUGAUGAGCCAACAGCUGGACUUGAUCCUAUUGCUUCUACUGUGGUAGAAGACCUCAUCCGCUCUGUACAUACAAAAGGUCGGGAUGCAAUCAAGAAACCUGGGCAGAUCGCAUCUUACGUUGUUGUUACUCACCAACAUAGUACCAUCAGACGAGCUGUUGACAGGUUGUUGUUUCUCUACGAGGGCAAGAUAGUAUGGCAAGGAAUGACUCAUGAAUUCACAACCUCAACAAAUCCAAUCGUUCAACAGUUUGCUUCCGGGAGCUUGGACGGCCCGAUUAAAUAUUAGAACUGGUUCUUGGUGUGCAUAUUACACGAACAACUUCUUACUCUGUUAGUUUCGAAUCUUUGAGUUCCGGUUCGGCGCCACUGUUGGAGAAAAUGCAUUCAAAACUGAAGAAUAUAGUUGAUUUUAUGGGCCAUAACUUAUGGCAUAUUAUUAUAACGGGUAUCCAUUGAUUAUGGGUAUUAUCUGCGAUUAUAACGAGUA